CCAAAAGAGUUUGCAGACUCAAAAUUCUACUAGUCUUAUACAAUCUGCAGGUCGGUCGGUUAAGCUCAGUGCCAAGAUAGAGGGAAUCCAAAAAGAUAUAUUUAUUUCCUUUGGACUGGUUUUCAGUUUCAAAGGAUAACAACUGUCACAAAAUAAACUGCAACACAUAUAUGUUUGGUCGAGGCGGCAAAGGCAUGGGCGGCGGUCCAGGAGGAGCCAACAUGUUGAGAGCAGUCGGAAGAGCAGCAGUUUCCAGGGCCUCCACUGCAUCUUUCCAAGAACCCCUUUCUUCUUCCACAAGUUCUGCUACUCGUAGACAUAAUAAUAACAAUAGCAAUGGUCAUCUUUACCUUCCUUCUUCUUUCAAUGGUGGUGUCCCCAUCACUGCCAAUGACUGGCCUGCCUUCUCGGGUCCUCCUUGUUUUGAUGACUUUGAGUGGGUGUCUGUGGAUGCCACUGAGGAGGAGAAUAAUAAGCAGCCACAUGAUUUUGUUUUGGGACCUGUUCCCUGUGUUGCUGAAGUCGAAAAUGCUCUCUCUGCUCUUCAAAGGGUCGUCGGUGUAGGCUCGUCGAGAGAACUUAUCAGGGAUAAGUUUCCUUAUAAUGUUCAUGAGGAAACAGGUUAUCACUCUCCAAGCUCGGAUAUUAUCUCAGUUAACCGGAUUCGUUCUACCGGGUCUGAGUCGGAAUGGAUAGAGCCUUCGAUGCAACUCCAUGACACACAAGUUUAUCAAAACAGCGUUUAUGAUGCUUUGCAUUUAAUGCAAACAGAUUCCUUGAUUCAGAAGAUGGUUAUGUCGAUAUCUUCUGAUGAAGCAAUUUGGAAUGCUGUUUUGAACAAUGAGGUGGUGAGGGAACUGAGAAAGUCAUAUUGUGCAGCUGCUGAAGACAGUAGUAGUUCACCGAGUUUCGAUGAGAGUUCGGCUGAGAAUUCCAACGAAUCGAGCGAGACAACAAACAUAAACAUAGUGAAGUGGAUUUUCAACAGCACUAAAGGAAAAAUCCUGGAGGUAUUUGAUAAAAUCACAAAGCUCUUCUCUGGGUUGUUUAAGCUGCCGCCUCCGAGUGAAGAGAAGGGAACAGCAGACACGUUUGAUGCAAAGCUGAGGAUCUCAAUGGUGUUGUCUGUUUUAGUCCUGUUUAUCGUGGGUGUGGCUCGAGCUCGAACCCAUUGA